AGCAGUCUUAUUUCGUAUUCAGGUGCGGCUGGAAGGCACAGGUGCGCAGUCUGUGUAGCGUUACCUCCACGAGCGACUGUGUGGUUUUUUUUCCUCAAGAAAAAGUAACGUAAAUUUUCUGAAAAAGGGAGUACUGCUUUUUAAAUCGAACAGGUAUACCGAGGUGUCAGGACAAAAGGUCCUCUGUAAAGAUUUGUGGAACUUUUUUUUUUCUUGUUACGCUUCUUCAGCCGUCUAGUUCAAAGCGCUCCCAGAGCUUUUCUGAAGGUCCGAGAAAACUCGAAGUAAGGGCUAAGCGUGUUUCUGGAGUGAAGGAGUAAAAAUGGCCAACUCGGGGCUACAGCUCUUGGGUUUCACUCUAGCGCUUCUUGGCGUUAUCGGCCUUAUUAUCGGGACCAUUCUGCCUCAGUGGAAGAUGUCCGCCUACGUUGGGGACAAUAUCAUCACGGCCGUGGCCAUGUACCAGGGAUUGUGGAUGUCCUGUGCCUUCCAAAGCACCGGGCAGAUGCAGUGCAAAGUGUACGACUCGAUUCUCCAACUUGAUGGAGCCCUGCAGGCCACACGUGCUCUCAUGAUUGUGAGCAUCCUCUUGUCUGUGGUGGGUCUGGGAGCAGCCGCAAUGGGUAUGAAAUGCACGAACUGUGGCGGGGAUGACAAAAUUCGCAAGGCACGCAUCGCCAUGACAGGGGGUGUCAUCAUCCUCUUGGGAGCUUUAGCCGCUGUAGUGGCCUGUUCAUGGUUUGCCAACAACAUCAUCAAAGAUUUCUACAACCCUUUCACCCCAGUUAACACAAAAUAUGAGUUUGGAGCUGCCAUCUUUGUCGCCUGGGCUGGGGCCUUCCUGGACCUGCUGGGCGGUGGCAUGCUGGCUGCCUCCUGUCCCAGGGGGCGGCCCAAACAAACCAAAUAUCCUGUGAAAUCUACCCGCCCCCCAAGUAGCAGCAAAGAAUAUGUGUGAAUACCUGCAGGUUGCUAUAUGUGGAAUCCACAGUUGUCCUUCAGUCAUCUCAUUUAGCCUGUGUAUAAUUUAUCCUCCCCCUCCCCCCCCCCCUCUUUUUUUUGACUUCACUGGAUCUCUGGGGCACUUUUUGAAAGGACAAAUGCCCAAUGUCCUUUCAUAAGACUAAAGUGGUCUUAACCACUGAGGGGCCGCCUUAUUUUAGUGAAUCAUGGCACCUCAGAUGUCUCGUACACCAGUACUCCUUUUGUACAGGGUCACUGAGCUUCUGAACCACUUUUGUGCUUAAUGCAUAACUAUGCCACAAUCAUUUACUAAUGGUAAAUCACUCACCGCUUACUGCAGAAGUGUCUACUUCAGUGUCCCUCAGCCAAAGCUUAUUUCUUACAAUGUUUCUUUUAGUCCAUCCUACUUCCUGUUGUGACUUUUUGUGCAAGUGCUAUUUCAUACCCUUGUGGCAUUUUAUUGUAUAGUUAAAUUGGGGAAAAAAAAGGAAAAAAAACCUGCUGGUCACCAUUGGAUUGGCUUGAGUUUGAAGUCUCUCCCCCUCACAAGCUUUCCUUCCUGUACCUGGACGGCUGCACUCCGGCAUGUUUAAGGCACCUGAGCAGUACUUGGAGAUAAGCGGUGGCCUGUGGAUUCAAACCCAGUGCUGGGUUGUCGAAUGCAGCUGUGCCAGCUGGGGGACCAUUUUACCCAUUAGCACCAGUAUGUUUUUAUGGGGAUUAUGCCCUUUUUUUAUUGUGAAGUUUUAAAUAAAAGUUUAAUGCACCGA